AGUGACACUACAGUACAGAUGCCUGGCACCCGGGGUAGAGUCGCUCAUUGGCCAGCUAGGCGGCACUCCCUCCACUACCGCUCGUCCAACCACGCUUCUACUUCUGCCGAUCACUGCCAAACAUUCACUGGUGGUCACUACUAGUCACUACAGUGUCUUUUACCCAACGUCUGUGUCACUUUGUAUUGCAAUCCCUGCUGUUUUGACUGAUUCCUGACGUCUUCGCUCGCCACCCCCCCUCAUGAAGCCAACGGUGUCGUAAGUUUCAACUGCUAAAUCGUUCCUGAUAUCGCUGUUUCACCGCUAGUUCUAUAACUUUUAUGGUGCCCCGACUCUCUGAAAACCACAUCCUGACUACCAACAAUUCUGUACUGUGUUGUCUAUAAAGCUGCCGUAAACGUAAACAAGCUUCCCUCAAGAGCCGUCAGCCACCAAGUUUGUUUUGUCCUGCAGCAGAACUCGACGCCGUAAAUUGUGUUUUGGAACUGAAGCAUUACGUCGCAUCUUAUGACACUUAAAAAAUAUCCGUGAACCCGUGAUCUUUGGAAAGUUCUACUUGACUUUUUUAUGAACUAACAUGAAACAAUAGAUCUGCGUUCGUAUGUGGUGGAACUUAUAGAAGACACAGAAAAACUCUUAUGUAAACGCAGCAGAAUGUAUUAAAAAUGAACUCUCCUGCCUGACCUUUCGGGUGCUGGGGUGCUGAACUUUGUGUGUCUGUGUGAACGAUAAAACACGACAUUCACUUUCCUGGACUUGGAGAUAAAAAAAAUAACUCUUCCUGCAUCUCAAUUCUCUGUGACCGUGGAACUCUCUUGUGUGUGAACGCGGAACUCUUUAAUUAUUGGAGUACUGGCGGCGAGCUGAUCCCUUCAGAAUGAUGUUGAACGCUGAGACGGCCACCUCCUCCUCCUCCAACGGUGUUGCUGAAGAAUGUGCCGAAGAGGAAAAUCCAUCGCACUCCUCGGCCCUCUCCCCGACCGACCCCGUGUCCUUAGCCAGACUGCACCUCUUCAACGCCGCCUACAGAUGGUCCGUGCAGCCAGAAAAUAGCCAGCCAGAAGAGUACCGGGUGAAGUGGGAGGGACACAUGCACCAUCUGUCGCAGCAGGUGGCCCAGCUAGAGAACGACUCCGCCUCGGCUGACGUGACAGUGGCCACCAAGGGCAUCAACAUCCCCUCCCACAGGAUAGUUCUCGCUGCCGCCAGUUCCUUCUUCAGGGGCGUUCUGCAGGAGGUUCCAGUGAGCCAGCACCCGGUGAUCGUGGUGAGGGACACAGAUCCCCGCCACCUGCGUUAUGUUGUGUCCUUCUGCUACAGCGGCUCCGUCAGGAUACCCCAGCAAGACGUAGACCAAGUACUGAAGUUAGCACAAGACUUGGAGAUCAGCGGACUGAAAAUAGUGAGACAGGAAGAAGAAUCCUCCGACCCACCACCGCCCACCACCACGCUCCGCAACCGCUUCUUCCGCCCACCCUCGCCCACCAGGUUCACUUUCACGCCGCCCAUGCACGUCCACUCACCGCCCACCCUUCAGGAGCGUUGUGGCAGCUCCCCGGGACCUAAGAGAGCCAACACGCCUCUGGAUCUACAGGAUACACAGAGCAAAAAACGCUGCAAGGUUGAGCCAUUGUCGACCAGCAGAGGAGAGAAUGAUUCCCCUUCGUCAUUAGUGUCGCCGCGUUCCACGCCACCAGGGUCUGCCCCCCCACACCUGGUCAGUCAUGCCCCCAGCACCCCCUUCUUCAGGAGUCAUCGCCUCACUCCACCACAUUCCGCCCCGCCACAGUCUGUCAGAGAGCUGUCCUCCUCCCAUGAUGCUGAUCGGUUGUCAUCAUUAAGUGUGGUGCCUUCCUCUCGCCUCAUCCAACCUCGACACCAGCCGCUGCACCCACUACCCGCCCACUCUUCCCCCUCCUCCACUCCUUCUUCCCCCAAGCAAGGUGUCCCCUCCCCUACACCCCUGGGAGGACCUUCGACCUCCCCCGCCCAUCUCACUCUCCCCAACGCCCCCGCCUCCUCCUUCUCCCAAAAUGAGUCACAAAUCCCAUCCACGCCCACAACACCCACCACACCAUAUACUCCCACAGUACAGAACGAAGCAAGUAACAGAGGUAUUGGUUCAUCAGGAAGCAGUGGUUCUCGGGUACUACUCUGGCGGUUCCUACUUGAUCUUCUCCACAACCCCAAAUAUACACCUAUCUACAUCCGCUGGCUAGACCGUCCCGCUGGCAUCUUCAG